UUUUUUUUGUCUAAUUUGAAGUCACAUGACCAGUUUUUUUGGUGAGAAUUCAGAGUUUAAAACAACGACUCCAAAAAAGGCAGCACAAUUCAAAUCCCAACUCUAAACCAUAUAAUCAAAACAUCUAUCAUAGAUAGGAUAAUAACUACAUCAAUUGAAGUUGAGGAUAUAAUCAUUCAAUCUGUAUAUCAAGGAUCGAUUCAUCGUGAGGAAAAAAAGUGUAACUAAGUUAACGUCAAAACCAUUGUUGCAGUAUGAAAUAUCUAAAAUUUCCUACUAUACAACAUGGUGGAGAAAUUCAUUCAAUUCAAAUAAAUAAUGACGAUACAAAGAUUCUAACGUCUGGAAAAGAUCAUUUGGUGAAUGUAUGGAACUAUGAUGACUAUGUAGGAGCUUUAAAAGCUACUGAUGAUAAACAACUUGGUGAGAUUAAACCAAUUGAAUCAUUUGAUUAUCAUUCAUCAUUAGUUUCAAUUGCAAAAUGGUCUCCUCUUGAUCCUAAUAUAUUCAUAUCAUCCGAUAUAGAUGGUCACUUGUAUUUAAAUGAUCUUGCCACUCAAUCAUUCAAAUUAAUCUAUCCCUUUGAAGAAAAUUCAUCGUUAACUGCUAUCGUGGAUUUAUCUUGGAAUCCUGAUUCUCAAUUAAUAGCAUUUAGUACUGGAGAUGGGAAAGUUCAUAUUCUUGAUUUAGUCAAACAAACUUAUCAAGAAUUAUCAAGUUUGGUUCAUCUUGAUAAACUAACCAUUCAAAGAAGUAUAGCAUUUGACCCCUUAAAUGAUUAUUUAAUCACUUUAGGUGAUGAUACGUUAAUUUAUAUGUAUCAAUAUAAAAUUGAUCCAACUUCUAAAAAUUAUCAAUUCAGAUUACUUAAUAAAAUAUCAAGAUUAAUCAAUAAAAAUCCUAUAAAUGUUAAUUAUAAACGAAUCUCAUGGUCACCUGAAGGUGAAUUAGUUUCAGUUCCAACUGCCAGUAAGAAUCAAGUAUCUUUGAUUUCAUUAAUUUCAAGAUCAAAAAGUUGGCAAAAUAAAGUAAGUUUAGUAGGUCAUGGUUUAACUUGUGAAGUAGUUAAAUUCAAUCCUAAAAUAUUCCAAACAGAAAAUAAUGUAUAUUAUAUAAUGGCAACUGCUGGAGCUGAUAAAAUUUUAAGUGUAUGGAAUUCCACUAAAGAUACUCCUAUUUUCAUAUUACAAGAUGCGGUGGAUCAACCAAUACUUGAUUUAUGUUGGAAUCUGAAAGGUGAUACAUUAUUUUUAAGUUCUCAAGAUGGAACUAUUGGUCUUGUUAAAUUUGAUCAAAAUGAAUUAGGUGAUUAUGUUAAACCAGAAAUUAAUGAUGAAUUAAUUAAAUUAUCAAAAGAUCAUAUAAAACCUUUGAAUCAUAAAUAUGAACUGGAUCAACCUACUAAUAGUAGAAGAUCAAAUAAUCCAACCAUAGAAUUAUUAGAUCUGAAAGAUGCUAUAAGUAUCAAACAAGAAGAUCUUAAGAAUGGAUCAUAUUUAUCUAAAAAUGGUUCAUCGAAUGGUAAUAACAAUACCGAUUCCAAAGAUGUUAAUGGGAGUGAUCCAUUAAAUUCUAAUAAUAAUGUGAAGGCAGCUAUCAAACCCGAAGUUAUACCGAAACCGGAAAUGAAAGAACCAGAAGCUACUUCCAGUGAUAUAUUACAUUCUGCCAUGAAUGAAAGACAAUCGGGCGCUAGUAAAAACUCCACUUCUGGAAAACCAAUUACCAUAACAGCAUCUUCUAAAUCAUCAAAGACAGCAACUAUAGCUACUACAGAUAAACAAAAAAUAACUACUAAAAAUGGGAAAAGAAGAAUUCAACCGUUGUUAAUAUCUAAUAAUGGUACCUCUGAAUCUAAUGGACAUGCUAAAGCCUCCACACCAUCCAUCCAAACCCCCAUCAUUUCAUCAAGUUCAAAAUCAUUAAUGGAUUUUGAUAAAGCAUCAUAUGUAGUAUCUAAUGAUUUCUACAAGGAUAAUAAACGAUUGAAAUCACAAGAUGAAGCUACUGCAACCACUAAUAAAAAAGUCAAACGAGAAUUAGAACCGGUGAAAUUCAUUGGAACUCCUAUUCUUAAUCCUAAUACUAUUUUUUCAAAAUUAAGAUUGGCUAUACCUAAAGUACGAUUUAAUUUCCAAUUACAAAGUAAAAUUGAAAAUGAAACUUAUGUACUUGAUAUUAAGAAUGGUACCGGCAAUGAAACUAAACCAUCACGUAUAACUUAUUUUAAAAAGGAUAAAGAAAUAUGGUGUGAUUUCAUACCAAGAUAUAUUCAACUUGCAAGUGAAGGAGGAUCAAUAUUUUGGGCUUUAAGUACGGCUGAUGGUCAAGUUUUAAUAUAUUCUCAUACAUCCGGUAAAAGAAUUUUCCCUCCUAUAGUACUAGGAUCUCCUAUAUCAUUUCUUGAAAGUCAUGGGAAAUAUUUAAUGGCAGUUACUGCUUUGGGUGAAUUAUAUGUAUGGGAUAUUGAGAAAAAGAAAGCAGAAUUAAAUACUCUGAUAACCCCAUUAUUAGAAUUAAAUACCAAAUAUAUUGAAGAUGGUUUAUCAAAAUCAGAUAAUAUUACUUUAUGUGCAGUGACUUCUGCCGGUAUACCAUUAGUGACUUUAUCGAAUGGGUCCGGAUAUCUUUAUAAUAAAGAUUUAGGAAUUUGGCAAACUGUUAGUGAAUCUUGGUGGUCAUUUGGAUCACAUUAUUGGGAUAGUAAUGAUGAAAAUAUUAAGAAACCUCAAUCAUCUAACUUUUUUGAUAAUGAAGCUUCAAUUAUUGAUUUACUUGAACAUAAAACCAAUGAAGAAGUUAUUAGAAAAACUCGGCUUGGAAGAGGUAAAUAUUUCAAUAAGAUUUCUAAAAAUAUGUUAAUGAAAGAAGGGUUUGAAAGUUUAGAGAAUGCCAUUUCUGUGAGUCAUUUAGAAAAUAGAAUCUUAUGUUGUGAAUUAUUAGGUGAAUUCAAAGAUUUCCAUAAAUAUUUCUUAACUUACGUUCAAAGAAUUUGUGAAUUAGGUUUCAAGACGAAAUUAUUUGAAGUUUGUAAUGAAUUAUUAGGUCCUGAAAGUGAUGAUGAUAUCGAUAUUGAUCACGAAAAUGGUGGAGAAAAAGAUAGUAAAGAAAACCAAGAUAAAAUAGAUUGGCAACCAGUUAUUUGUGGUUUACAGAAACAUGAUUUAUUAAAGGAAGUAAUACUAACUUGUUCAAAACAUAGAGAUGCUCAACGUAUCUUAGUACACUUUGGUGAAAAGAUUGGUGUUAUACAAGAAGAAAUAUAAAAUUUGUAUCAUUAAUAUUUAUAUUUAUAUGUACAUAUGUG